GCCCGCCUUCCGGGGCCUGGAAGGGCGAGGCCGGGCGACCCUCCCUCGCGCGGCCAUCCCCACGUGGGGGCCGGCCGGGGUCCGCCUGGGGCUGGCGGGGCUGCGAGUCCCCCGAGCUGUCGCGCCGGAGCUGGGAGGCUGGACGGCGGGGCCGAGGGGCAGUCCUCCGGCCGCCUCUUCCGCGCCCUGCACAAAAGCCCGAUAGCGGAUCGCACGCGUGGCCGGGGCGCGUCCCUCCCGUGCCCCCCAGCGUCGGGCGGGCUCUGCCUCUGCCCGGGUCUCGCCCUGCUUUUUGCAUAGCCCCCCCUCCUCGCCUCGGCCGGGCGGCGAUGGGGGUCACUCUCCCGCCCCGGCUGGCAGCGGCUCGGCGCUCGCAACCCUGCGCGGCGGAAAAGCUCCGGAGGCUGGGCAGAGGGUGAGAGACGCCGGCCGGCCAGACGCGCGGGCGGCGGGAGCUUCUCCCCUGGGCCACGGCCGGAGCAACGGGAGCUCCCAGCACGGGAGCGGCGGCGAUCCCAAGUGGCCUUCAGCCUUUGUUAGAAGUAUUAUUGCUUUGAGCUGCUGGAUUCCCCAGAGGGAGAGAGUGCCUUGACCAGCCCGCAAACUUUUAACACCGAUCAGUGUCUGUGGUAACGCUGUUAUUCACAAACAGCAGGUCCAACUUCCAGCCUGAAGUUGAUCUUCCCAAGCUGAUGUAUCAUACAUUAUGGUUCAUGUUAACUUGGUUAAAAAAUGGAUGUAUGUCCUCCUUGCAUUUCUUGUAGUUCUGACUAUUUGUUUGUGGAAGGAAACACGAAAAGGGUAUUAUUUUUCUUUAAAAGUAGAAAGCCAAACUGAGCAAGUACACAUGACACUGUGGAAAUGGCGCAUUCCAAAACAACGAAAUAUCCAAGAUAAAGCUGUCAAUGAUUCUAAUAAGGUCUUUUGGUCAACCAAAGUUUCCCAAGUCAAAAUUAAAGAUAAUAUUUCUGGAACACAAGCAGGAAGUAAUUUGGUAUCAAAACCUAAAAAGCUAGCAGAUUUCAUAAAAGUGUGGAACAAGGACAGUUCGUCUAAAAAUCUCACCCCUAGAUUACAGAAAGUGAGGAAAAACUACCUGGCUAUGAACAAAUAUCAUGUGAAUUACAGUGGACUACGAAAUGCUGCUAAACUCAGCCCAGAGAAACUGCUGUGUCAGCUCCGGGAACGAUUGAAUUUUCAAAUGAUACAGUCAUCAGAUGGUCCUUUCAAUACAUCAGAAUGGAAAGCCUACCUGCCAAGGAGAAACAUCAGCAUGGAACUGGGCCAGCUGGGCCAAUGUGCAGUAGUGUCCUCAGCAGGAUCCAUGAAGUCAUCCCACUUGGGACCAGAAAUAGACAGCCAUGAUGCAGUGUUGCGUUUUAACGGGGCCCCUACCAAAGGGUUUCAGGCUGAUGUAGGGGACAAAACAACAAUACGUCUAAUCAAUUCCCAGCUUAUUACUGUUGAAGAACAAAAAGUGGUCACAGACCCACAGUAUAACACUGGAACCUUAAUUGUGUGGGACCCAGCACCAUAUCAUGCAAAUAUCCAUGAGUGGUACAGAAAACCAGAUUACAAUUUCUUUAACAGCUAUAAACACUAUCGAAACAGACAUCCUGAGCAACCGUUUUACAUUCUGAAUCCCUAUAUGCAGUGGCAACUUUGGGAUAUCCUUCAAGAAAACUCACCAGAAGAUAUCCAGCCAAAUCCACCCUCUUCAGGAAUGCUUGGCAUUGUUCUCAUGAUGCACUUCUGUGACAAAGUCGAUGUUUAUGAAUUUCUUCCUUCCAAAAGGCAAACAGACAUUUGUCAUUAUUUCCAGAAGUUCUUUGACCAAGCCUGCACCAUGGGUGCCUACCACCCACUGCUCUUUGAGAAGAAUAUGGUGAAGCACCUUAAUCAAGGCACAGAUGAAGCCAUUUAUACUCUUGGAAAAGUGACUCUAAAAGGCUUGAGGAAUGUACAGUGUUAAAAGAUCAAAUCUCUUCUUGAAUUGCAAGGCACUUUGUAAAGGCCCCUUCAAGGAUUUUAGGCCUACAAAUUGGUGGGUUGUUAGUAGUUAACAAUUCUUUCAUUCAGUAAGUCUUAAAUUUGAGAUUCAAGGUUGCAGAUUAAAGUGUUUUUCAUCAUAAUGGCGUUCGAUCUAUUAUGUUCCAUACUGUCAGGAGUUGCAGCAUCUGAAUGGUUCCUACUGUAGACUACAGACUACAGCCUAGGUAUCACUCUCAAAAAUCCACAGAAUUUGAGAUUAAUUUGAAAAUCAGCAUAUUUCUAGCCCUUAUGACUGGAUAGAAAAGCAGAAAAUGUCUGAACAUUAAAAAAAAUAGACAUAACCUAAUUUCACAAAAAUUCUUGGUGUUCAGGGAUUGUUUUGCAUUUCAUUCUUGCAGUCUUUGUCUAUUCUAACCUUUGAGUUAGGGCCUUACUACAGUUUACUUUUUCCCCAGGGACAUACUCAGAUUAGCUCAAGGGUAGGGUUGCCUAGUAACUGGUGAGAGCUUGGGGGUGGGGACAUGGGGGGCACUGGCAUUACGUGUGCCGUGACAUCUCUUCCAGAAAAAAAUGGAAGUGAUGUUGCAUCACUGUGGCGUUUCCAGUGAUUCCUAGAGCGACAUGAUGUCACUUCCAGGUUUUCCCUGGAAGUGACAUCAUACCACAUGUGAUGCUGGCAUAUUAUUAUUAUUAUUUUUCAAGUGGCGGUGGAUAACAAGGGUUGCUGACAGGAGGUCUUCCACCAUAGAAGAGGGCUGGCAACCCUACUCAAGAGAUAUGUUCUGCAGUUCUGUUCUUCCCUGGUGUGCACAGGCUUAAUUUGAACCAGGACUGCAACACACAGAGAGAGGGAGCUUAGAUUGCUUGCCCUCCAUUUUUCCCCCUAAUCUGAAACAGCCCAGAGAACUACUGUUUGCCUUGCUGAGAAAAUAAAAUAUGUAGCCCAUCAGUACACUUGGAGCCCCCAGCAGGGCAAAUAGUGACUUGGGAAGCACAGGACUCCGGAAUGUCUUUCAGGCUGACCUGGGGACGUCCCCAUGGAAUAAGUAAUGUGUAGCAGUUUCUACAGUUGAAGUAGUGCAUAUUUCAUGAUUCUGCGAUUAUACCAUAUAUUGCAUAAUUAAGGAUUGGACAGAAAAUGCUUCAUCCUGAGAAUUUCAAGUUCAGUAUUGUUCCUGAACAUGUUUCUAUCUCUUACUUUGAAUGUAUGUGCACAAUAGUCCUGUGCACACAUGAUAUGGCAUGGAUCCCACAGCUCAUUUCUGUGGAGGAAAAAUGAUGUGGAGGGAUUUUCACCAGUUCAUUCCUCUCACUGAAGACCUCUGACUCCCCUUCUAUGAUGUUCCUGCAGUUCCCCUUUCCCCCAAAAGCUGUAUUUCAAGGAGUUGUUUUGGGCUACAGCAGGAGGGGAGAGACGGGGAAAUCAUGUUCCACAGACAGAAAGCCCUUCCCUCAGUGGAAAUGUUUUACAGCAUCCAAGCCUGUAUUUGUACAGAGCCUAUGCAUUUAUUAAGGAAUGAGUGCCCUGGCCCUGGCCCGGGCCCUGCUUGUGAAUGAAUGCACUAAUCCUGCCAUUUGCCUGUGUGCGUACACCACACCUUGAAGUGUAUGACUUAUGCACAGACUGCAUCCCUAGGAUUGUAAAUUAUUGGUAUCAAAUGUUCCUGUUAGAGGAAACCAAUGUAUGUACAACUUGAAUGUCCCUAAGCAGUGUGACUACAUUUGAGUAAAUGUGUGCGACGGACACCAGCACAUUCACCCUAUGUGCAUUGACUCUGUACAGACAAGAUGACCUGUAUAAAUUCAAAAUGUUUAAAAAUGUUUAAAAAUGGCAGAUGUUUAAAAAUGGCAGAUUUCAUUCCCAUUGCAAAAAUAUGUUUUGUGGUUAUAGAAUGUGACGUUAAGUAAGGUACUUGGGUUGUAGAAUUGACUUCUCUAAGGAACUGAGCAGAAUUAGCUCCAAAUUGUGCCAGUUGGACUCUGGAGAUGCUCUGACAGAGUCAAACUCUGUUGAAUGCCUGAUGUUGCAAGAUUGUUGAUGUCAAUCUGUAAUGGUUUUAAAAAGAGGAAAGUAUCCUUUAAUAUCAUUACCCUAUCCAUCUACUCUUGAUGUUCCUGAAGAUAAAUCCAGCUGUCAAGAGGAUUUCAUAUACUAAUCUCUUAAGAGUUUUACCAUUGGGGAGUGGGAUUUUUGCUUUGCAAAAUGUUAGACUUGUUGAUUGUUAUAAUAAAUUUAUUUUCAUAGAUUUA